AUGUCCCCCGCCAACCUUCCAGGCCCCUCGCGCCGCGAGCAGCAGGGCAGCCGUGUCUUCCUGAGCCGCUGCGUCGGCGUGGGGGCUUUGGGCUUUUCCCUCGAGGACAAGAAGAUCGACAACAAGGCGUUGUACGAUACCUUCAGCCUCUUCGGGAACAUCCUCUCCUGCAAGGUCGCCUCCGACUCGGAGGGCAACUCGCACGGCUACGGCUUCGUGCAUUACGAGACCGAGGAGUCGGCGCAGCAGGCGAUCGAGCGCGUCAACGGGAUGCAGAUCGGGGAGAAGACGGUCCAGGUGAGCCGCUUCGUCAAGCGGGAAGAGCGCCCGCAGAAGGAGGACAACUACACGAACCUCUACAUCAAGGGCUUCCCCGACGACUGGGACGAGGAGAAGAUCGUGGCGGAGGCGAGCCAGUUCGGCCCCAUCAAGGCCAGCGCUGUCAGGACGGACAAGAUGGGCAGGCGGAUGGCCUUCGUGGACUUCGAGUCGACCGAGGACGCCCACAAGUGCGUCGAGCAGAUGCACAUGAAGGAUCUGCGAACCGAGGACGGCGUCCCUGCGCCCCUGCCGGCAGAGGGCGAGGGCUCCGAGGUCGGGAGCCGCUCGCGGGCGGGGCGCGGCAGGGCCAGCGGUCCGCGGCAGGAGGACGCCGCGGGGGCCCGGGCCGUGCGGCGGGGGCAGGGGCGGCUGGAAGGGCGCCCCCGCGCCCGCCCGCGCGGCGCUGCCCGCGGCCGCGCCGGCGGGCGUGAAGAGGACGGUGUGCAAGUUCUGGCUGGAGGGGCGCUGCGCCCAGGGGCGGGCCUGCACGUGGGCCCACGGCGAGGAGGACAGCUUGGCGGGCGGAGAGCGGCACGAGGAGGAAUCUCUGCGCUGCGCCCGGGGGGGUCCUCGAGGAGGUGGCCCAGCGCCGGUUCCGGCGAGCAGGAGGCCCCGGCGCGGCCUGUGCGGCCGGUGCCGCGGAAGCGCACCCUCUGCAAGUUCUGGCUCGCGGGCACCUGCUCGCAGCCGGAGGGGAGCUGCACCUGGGCGCACGGCGAGGCGGAGCUCGGGGCGGCGGUCCCGGCUGCAGCCGCGGCGCCGGCGCCGUACCUCAUCCCCGCGGCGAAGCGCCAGCGGACGUACUGAGCCGGUCUCUGGGCGCGCCGCUGCUGCUGUUGGCGGAGGGGGCAAGCGGGGAGGAGGAUGAUCUGCAUGUGGGGUUGGUGAUAGGCCCCUCCCUCCACGCGGCCGCGGCCGUGGGCGAGCGCGUGUGCAGGGUUGUGAUCCGAGGCGCGUCG